AUGGAGGAGCAGGCUAGCGACGCUACUGCGGCGGAAAGCCUCUACAACAAAGCUAAAGCCUCACGUUUCCACUUCAAAUCCGGUUCUAAGCGUCGCUCAAGACGUCAUGACAGCAAGAACAAAGACGAAGGAGCCGAUGAUGAGUUGCCGAGGAAACGCCGAAUACACAAAGACGACGAUGAAGAACGAGACCACCGAGAUUCGAGGCGUAAGCAUAAGCACAAACAUCGCACGUCGCGAGACGAACGGCAUCCCACAUCUACAAGAGAUGGCGCCUACUACGACCCGGAUUACCGUCAUCGCGAAUCACUAUAUGAUAACCUGGAGGAAUCGAGGGCGCGCUCCCCAGGUGCUGCGCCCGAGGAGGCCUUCCGUGAGUCACUGUUCGAUGCGCUUGCCGACGAUGAAGGUGCCGCAUAUUGGGAAGGCGUAUAUGGUCAGCCAGUCCACAUAUACCCCAUGGAAAAACCCGGACCAGAUGGCAAGCUAGAGCGCAUGACCGAAGAGGAGUAUGCAGACUAUGUGCGCAACAAGAUGUGGGAGAAAAGCCAUCAGCAUAUUGUCGAAGAGCGUGAGGCCAGAGAGCGCGCGCGCCAAAAGCAGAAGGCGCAACGCAGCCAGCUCGACGAAGAACUUGAGCGUGAGGAAGCAGAAAGGGAGGACAUACGGCGGCGUAUGGAAGAGAGUCUCCGCCGGGGCGAAAAGCGUAAAAAGGCUAGGGAGGCAGAAGCAGCCUGGGACCACUACACAGCCAAGUGGGACAGUCUAAAGGACGCUCAUCCAUCAGGAGAUCAGGCUGAAGCACAGGUUCUUGAUCUAAUCCCAUGGCCCGUUUUGUCGGGCAAGGCAAAGCAUGUGUCCAAGGAAGAAAUCGAACACUUCUUGCGUAGCUCCGGGGCGUGGCGGAAAGACCCAGUCGGGCUGCUAAAGGCUGAGCGUGUACGCUGGCAUCCGGACAAGAUGCAACAGCGCUUUGGACAGCACAUUAAUACUGAUACGAUGAAAUCGGUCACAGCAGUUUUCCAGGUCAUCGACCAGUUGUGGAAUGACCGACGUUGA